AUGAAGUGUACAGAUAUGGAGAAACAACUUGAGGAUCUGAAGCAGCAACUAGAAAAGCAAUGUUUUAUCAACAAAGAGCUACAAAGACAAAAUAAAGACUUGGAAAUCCGUCUUCAAGAAAAGGAGAGACUACUGCAACAGCUGCAAAGCCAGGACUCAGAGUUCCCUGGACACAGCGGUAAUGAGGUGCAGGAGUUUAGAAAGAGUCGAGCUGCGGUCAUCGCUCCUGAACCCAUCGCUGAGACCCUGGAGAUCUCCAGCACUCGAGUCAAGAAAAAUGCAACGGAGACUAGUCUGAUCGUCAAAGCCAUCCAGAAGAACGACUUCCUGAAGCGGCUGGAUGACGAGCAGACGACCAUGAUGGUGGAGCUGCUGGUGCUCUUCAAGUUCAAACCCGGAGAGGAAGUCAUCAAAGAGGGCUCCGAAGGGGACAGCAUGUACAUAGUGGCAGCUGGUGAGUUACAAGUGACUCAGGCGGGGCAGGACCUUCGCACUCUGACCACUGGAGAUGUUUUUGGGGAGUUAGCCAUUCUGUACAACUGCAAAAGGACAGCCACAGUCAAAGCAAAAUCAUCAGUGCGUUUGUGGUGCAUGGAGCGGCAGACCUACAGGACCAUCAUCACCAACAAGUCCAAGAAAAAACGGGAGCAGAUCUUGGGCUUCCUGAAGACGGCUCGCACUUUGAAGGAUCUGAAUGAUGUCCAAUUGUCAAAAAUUAUUGAUUCAAUGGAGGAGGUGAAAUACCAGGACAAAGCCGUGAUAGUGCGAGAGGGCACAGAGGGAAAUGCUUUCUACAUCAUUCUCAAAGGCGAGGUGUUGGUGACGAAGAACGUGAGCGGGCAUCAGAAGCAGAUCCGCCGCAUGGGAAAAGGGGAGCAUUUCGGGGAGCAGGCCCUUAUACGUGAGAUGUUGAGGACCGCCACCUGCACCGCUGACGGCCCUGUCACCUGCUUCUCCAUCGAUAAGGAAGUUUUUGAAGAGACCAUUCCAAUUGAACAACUGGAGCUUUUUGACGACUCCAAAGUCAUGCAACAAGACGCAGAAGUUCCAGAGAAAUCCAGCCCCAGCUCCACAUUGAGAUUCAAGGACCUCGUUCCGGUGAUGUACCAGGAGGGGCGCUACCAGGGCGACCCGGUGACUCUGGGGGUGGGAGGAUUUGGACGUGUUCAGCUUAUGACAACACUGAAUUAUGGGAAAUAUUAUGCCAUGAAACAGGUCAGUAAGAAGCAGAUCGUUGUGAAGAGACAGGAGGAGCACAUGCUGUUUGAGAAAAAGAUCCUCAAGGCCAUUCAGUGUGACUUCAUUGUCAGACUUCAUGCUACCUUCAAAGACACUCGAUAUAUUUAUAUGGUGAUGGAGUUUUGUGGUGGAGGGGAAGUGUGGACCAAACUGAAAGAAGUGGGCCGGUUUGACGAGCCCAUCGCUGUAUUCUGCACUGCGUGUGUGGUGGAGGCCUACGUCUACCUCCAUAAGAAAAACAUCAUGUACAGAGACCUAAAACCUGAAAACCUGAUGCUGGACAUGAAAGGAUACGCCAAACUGGUAGACUUUGGGUUUGCAAAGGAGUUGAAUCGAGGGGACAAGACUUAUUCCUUUGUAGGCACUCCUGAAUACAUGGCACCAGAAAUUAUUAAAAACCAGGGACACGACUUUGCUGUAGAUUUUUGGUCCCUGGGGAUUUUGAUUUUUGAGCUUCUAGCAGGAAGUCCUCCCUUUUCAAGCUCAGAGCCACAGAAGAUUUAUGCCAAGAUCUUAGACGGGGUUCUGAAGUAUCCUCCGUACUUAGGUGAAGCUGCCAAGUCCAUCAUCAGUAAACUGUGCAGGCCAAGACCAGGUCAGAGACUAGGAAACACCAAGAACGGAAUCAAAGACAUCCGAAAUCACAGAUGGUUCAGCAGUAUGAACUGGCACAAACUGCGGGUGGGACAGCUCGAGGCGCCCACGGUCCGACUCGUACGGAAGGGCCCCGCCUACAUCAACUUCGAUCGUUUUGCUCAAGACCAAACAAAAGCCGAGGAGGAGUUUUCAGGAUGGGACAAAGACUUUUAA